UUUUGUUGCUACUGAUGCUAUUUACGCGGUGAUAUUUAAUUUCUACCGUUAAAGGUGAAAGCGAAGGGACUGCCAUCACGCAUUCAUUGAAAUGGUCGCGCAGCGGCGGCCGUCGCGAACCCCCCUGACUGCUUUUACGCUCGCAAAGCCAGUGAUGUUUAAAUGGGCCAAGUUAGAAAAGCGGCGGAGAGCGCAAAUCUUGUUUGGUCUGAGUCUGUGAACUAAAGCGUGACUUUAGAGCAAUAUCGGGAGUUAAAAAAAGGCUUAAAAACACCCCAUCAGCACCAGAUAAGUAGUUGAGAUGAGCACGUAGAGGGAGACACGUUUGUGAUUUAAUGAGAGACGCUUGAGUACGGAAAGAGAAAAAGAAGUUUAGUUAUAAUUAGAGAUGCCUCUUCGCAACGAUGUACGCUGUUGGUACAGCACCGGUACUGUCAAGUUGCUUUACGUGACCGCUCCCGGACCCUUGACCACUCGCGUUAAAGCACUGAUCACUUCGUAAAGGAGAACAGAAAUCAGAGGGGUAUCAGUUUGAAAAAGAGAGAAAAAAAUCUUCCAGCUCAGAGGUAGGUCGAUACGGGAUCAAUAAGCAUUUUAACCAACAUAAUGUCUACGGCAGCAGAGCCCUCUUCAAAAUGUCAGGUAUUUGUCCGGAGAGUCCGUUUAGUAAUAGUGGGUAUGAGUGCAGCGAAACGAAUAGAGAGAUCGGGGCGCCGCUAACCCACUGGCAACGCGAGUGCGCGGAAACCUGGUGGCUUAGGAAUGGUCAACUGCUGCUGAAUUUAAGCACUUUACAAGAAACUGAGCCUGGGUUCUGGCGUACACAGUGUCGUGUGUGGUCAGUUGAAACGGACAAACUCCGAAAAGAAGAGGAGCAACUUGGAGCGGACUUGCCGGACAUGCCCGCGAUCAAAAAAGAGAGACUGGAUGGUGAGGACAUGGCUCUGGCUAUUUUUAACCAGCCCGUGGACACUUUGCCCGACUACUUGGCCCCUAUAAGUGCCGCUGCCAUCCCGGUGGUGGCCCCUCAUCCGCCGCCUUACGAGCAGCUUUUCGCCGCCCAGCACCGCACUUACCUGGGGCUGCCUGACGCACGACACCUUCACCUGCAUCAUCCAGAAGACCUGAUGCUCGAGAGGUUCUCCUCAAUUCCUGACUUCCAACCUUUCUUCGACAACGGAGAGCCCUGCAUCGAGGUGGAGUGUGGAGAAAACCGGGCUUUAUUGUAUAUAAAUAAACUGUGUCAAGGCAGUAAGGGACCCUCAAUUAGGUACCGGGGGGAAUGGCUCACCCCUAACGAAUUUCAGUUUGUCAGUGGAAGGGAGACUGCUAAGGACUGGAAACGCAGUAUCAGGCACAAAGGGAAAAGUUUGAAGACUCUUAUGUCCAAAGGAAUCUUACAGGUACAUCCGCCAAUCUGUGAUUGCCCUGGGUGUCGAAUUUCGUCUCCAGUGAAUCGUGGGCGCUUAGCAGAAAAGAGAACAAUUCCUUUACCUCCGACACGAAUACCUAAGAAGGAACUGACUUCGCUCUUCAGUAGUGACGAUAGUGAAGAAAGUGAAAAGGCAAAUGAUGACCACUCUGAAAUCAAACUUGAAGAUGAUACUCAUUUCAGUAUAAUGAAAAGGAGUCGUGACAGUGAUCUUUCUACUAUCAUCUCCAGUCUGCAUCAAAACCGUCAACUCGUUAUGCCCGAGAGUCAGUCCCGAAGUGAAAUCAAGAGGAAUGGCAUUGAAAUUGGUUCUGGGUCAGCAGAUGAAUUCUUAGGCAAAAGAAGAGCAUAUUCACCCAGCAGCAGCAGCGAUUGCCCUUCAGAAAGCAAGAAGACGAGAAGUGCAUCCCCGAAAGAAAACUCUCACACACCUCUACUGGAGGACAUAACAAUACAGAUGACCCCCGAAGAACAUUACAGGCGGAUGAUGUCUGCAUUAAAUGAGCACGGGUCUUUUGAGGAGCAACAGCAGCGCCUGUUCCAGCUGGCUAACAGCAUGGGAGUGCCAAACCACAACGACAUUCUGCGUGUCCGGCAGGAAGCAGCAGCAGCAGUAAGAAAUUCAAACACCAUUGAAGCACACAUUCCUUCUGGUAGCAGUUCGUCGAGUCAGAGAAGAAAGCAGGGCUUACCACAGCACCGUGACGCUCACUUUUCUGAAAGAGAUAUAUCCCAUCCUCCACCUUUGCUAUCGCCACAAAACGCUCCGCAUAUUGCACUUGGUCCGCACCUGAGGCCACCAUUUUUGGGAAUGCCAUCUGCUCUAUGUCAGGCACCAGGUUAUGGCUUUCUUCAGCCAGCACAGGCAGAGAUGUUUGCACGUCAGCAGGAGAUGCUGCGGAAGCAGAACCUGGCAAGGCUGGAGAUGUCUGCAGAACUACUGCGACAAAAGGAGAUGGAGAACCUUCAUCGGCAGCGUUUACUGGCAGAUCCUCUCACACUGCAUCCAGGUUUGCCUCCAGAUCACCCAGCCUUGAGAAACAUUCACGACAUUCCUGAAGGCCAUCCGAUUCGAGAGGAGAUGACUCGGCGCAAUGCCAUGCUAGUGUUACGCCAUAACAACACUCCAUUAGUUUCCCUCAAUCACCAGGGGGCUUCUGGUAGUACACCCCCCAAGGAGUCCUCUUCCAGAAAGGGCUCCAGGAAAGGCAGGGAGCACAGGAAUGAACUGCUGGGUCCCCCAGAGGCUAAAGAACAAAUUGGUGACAGCCGUGUCAGGGACAGCAUCACGGACUGCAAUGAUGAGGAAAUGAAGGACUCCGAAAGUGAAACAGAUGUUAAUGAAGACAAACUGGAAAAUUUUUCCAAGCCACAUAGUGGCUCUUUGGCUGCUGAUCUCAAAGAGUGUAAAGAGCCAGUGAAGCCUUGCGAGGGUGCCAAAGAUCUAAACGAAGUGAGCAUUGGUCAGAGUGCUCCCUGCAGCUCCAUAGGAGUGGAAUCUCCCACUCACCCCUUUGUUCCAGGAACCAAUAAGAGUGAAGCAAAAUACUUGCCAAUGGGGUCUGUUCCUCCACCACAUCCAUUACCUUUUGGAUUUCCGUAUGGUGCAAGCCCUUACUUUCAUAGUGGCACUAUGGGAGGUCUCUUUCUGGAUGGAGAAGAAGGCUCAGCUGUCGAAGACAUCAGCAAAUGGACAGUGGAUGACGUCUGUAACUUUGUCAGCAAUUUAUCUGGCUGUGCAGAGUACACUCAGGUGUUCAGAGAACAAGCUAUUGACGGGGAGACCUUACCUCUACUAACAGAAGAUCAUUUGCUAAACAACAUGGGGCUUAAACUUGGACCUGCCCUCAAAAUCCGUUCACAGGUUGCCAAGCGGUUUGGCAGAGUGCUGUACAUGACGAGCUUUCCUUUGGCAUUCCCGUUCCAGCCAUCUGCUCUCCGCCCCCCAGACAGAGAUCUACCUCCUACAGAGAACAGACCCUCCUCAACGGGUAGCGUCUCGUCUCCAUACAGCAACCUCCAAGCUAGUCGCAUUUCACCAAAGCAGGAAAAUGGAAAUUCUUCCUCAGUGGGGAUUGGUGACGCUACAAAACCACCAUCUUAAAAUAAAUAAAUAACGGAAUCUGUUCAGGAUGCUUUCAACUCUUGCCAGGAGCAGCACUCAAGAGCCUACCCCCUCACAUCCAUAAAACUUUUACUUACAGAGUAAUCAUUUUGACCAACUAAAUUCGCUAAAUGAUUUUCAUAAACAUGAAAUAUAUUUUUCACUAUUAGUAUUUGUUCAUUUCUUGGUUGGGGGGGCACCAGGGGUGAAGAAUCCAAAGAUCAGUGAUGGGAUGGCAUAUGGCAAAACCUCACAAUGUAUGGAGAUGGGUGCCAUUUAAGGAGAAUUGGCUUGUCACAAACCGCUCUUCCAAAAAAAGAAAAAGAAAGAAAUUCAGUCAACAGAAAUGAAAGGAAUCUUCUUUCUGAGAAGGAACUCUACAAAGCAUUCAGGACAAACAAAGGGAGCCUUGAUUUUAUUUUUUAUCAAAGCCUGAACUACAGACAACCUCUUCCAAAAAGAAAAUACUGUAUAGCAACUAUGCAUUCCAGGGAUUUAUACCAAAGAUUGAAUGCUAUUAUCCAAGUUUACAUCUUCACAGGCAUACAAGGCUGGCACGGGCUAUCGGAGAAGGGGGCCGGUGUCUCAAUCCUGGACAGUACAGAGUAUGAGGGCACGUUAACAUUUAAACCUGGAGACAAACAGGUUUGCCUUUAGACGCCAAUCCUUGCAGCCUCCCGCUUCGGCAACUUUAUUUUUUUAUCAUAAGUAAUGGACAUAAAAAGCCUCAUUUUAGAGGUUCCAGGUAUAGUCUUGAAAUGCUACAGAAGACAAAUCAAGACAUUACCUUGAAAUGACUACUGUGGGUUAAUAAUACAAACCUUUGUGUACAAUUGUGUACAAAACAUUCUUACGGUUUUAAAGUGGUACUCUGUGUAGCUGCACGUUUUACUUUCAUAAGUUCAUUCUUUGGAAUAAAGUAUGAAUGGCUAGCA